GACGCGCGAAGCAGCAAGUGGCGACAUCUUUCAGCCAUAAUAAAGCUAUAUAAGGGUGAACGCGUAGAAAAGGGCAAACAUGAAUUAAAGGUUGUUCGAUGAGUAGGUCUGCUCAUGUCUUGUGAUAAACAAGUGUAGAAAGUGUCGUGCUAACUAUAAUUUUCAUUAGUUCAAAUCGGCUGGUAGCGAGAAAAGUGUGAAUAUUCGUGACGAAGUGUUUCGCUUGUUGCACAGUUGCCAAGGCGACUACGGUACGUGCGUGUGCGUGUCCAAAAUUGUGCUAUGAAAAGAGAAUGAUCAUUGGAGCAACGAUUUUACGGCUAUCUUCGUACUAACGGUAAUUUCAUGUUUCAAAAUCGAACGACCUGAAGACGGGAAUAUUAUGGAAUACUCAGUUUUGGGUCAUUACAACCCGUCCAUACAGGCCACGGCCGAUAGCGGUGUUAACGAACAACAACUCCUUUGGGAAGAACCAAAUUAUGUUUUAACUGGUGAUGAGUAUGUACCUGCAGCAGAGCAAUUUGGAGAAGAAUUUGCCGGGGCUGAAUUCCAUGAAACUCGUACUGUACUUGCUGAUGGGGGGGAUAGAUUUGGAGUUUCCACUGUCACCUUUGACAAUGUCGAAGAGCUCAUGUGGAUGGGAAAUCAAGGGGGUCAUGUGACGUCUUAUUAUGGGCCUGGUUUACAAAAGUACACCUCGUUUCAAGUUCAUGCCACUCAAGAAAUUCGGCAUAUUCAUCCAUUAGAUGAAGGAAUUUUAAUUCUGACACAGAGUUUACUACGAUGUCAGUUGAGACGUGGCAUACCAAUAUUUUCACACAUGUCACCAAAUAUGAUAGACAUGCAAUGCAUGCUUCAAAUUUCACCAACAGGAUUACUUAUGGGGGGUCAUCAGGAAAAAAUUAUCAAUUUUGAUCUAACAAGAGGGAAAGAGACUGGAUUAGUACAUGUAGGAGAAAAUGGUUGUGCAAUUUUAAGGCAGCAUAGCAGACUUAUAUGCUGUGGCAAUCCUGCUGGACGAAUCGAUCUCAGGGAUCCAAAUACAUUAUCAAUAGAACAUACUUUUGAUACUCACAGUGGUUCUCUCAGUGACUUUGAUGUUCAAGGAAAUUACCUUGUUACUUGUGGUUUCAGUAACUGUCGUCAGGGUUUGACAGUAGAUAGAUUCUUAAUGGCAUAUGACUUGAGACAAAUGAGAGCAUUAAACCCAGUAGCAACUUUGGUGUGCCCUCUUCUAUUGAAGUUCCUACCCAGCUAUUCCAGUCGUUUAGCUGUUGUAGCACCAUCGGGACAAAUGCAACUUCUUGACACUAUCUAUGCUAAUGUACAGCCAUCUGUGACAUGCUUGUAUCAGGUUGCAAAUAGUGGAGCAAUAUUAUCCUUUGAUGUAUCUUCUACAUCUCAGUGUCUGUGCUUUGGAGAUUCGGCAGGUUCUAUACAUCUUAUGUCUACAAAUACAUCCGAGCCCCAGUUUAAUACAUUUUCUCGACCAACUGAAUUUGCUGAUCCAGUUGAGCCACUUCCACAUAUAUCAUUCAAUGAUGAUAUUACACCACUAAGUUCAAUACCAAUGUAUUAUACUGGACAGCCAUUAUUGAGCGAUUGGCCAGAGGAAUUUUUGAGAAAUGUUUAUAGAAGAACACCACCGAUUGAUCCUGAAAUAUUGCGUACAAUGAAGAUGCAAGGAACUAUAGGUUAUGCUCCAAAUCCCCAGACGUUUCGCAGAAAUCAAAUACCUUACAAUUUGGAAAAACGUCGGGGAGUAGUCGCAAAGCUUUUCGGUGGCGAUUCACGAUCAAAAACAGAUGACGGUACCUUUGUGGCCAUACCUAAACGUUAUCGCAAAAUCGAGUUGAAAUAUUCACGUCUCGGUUACGAUGAAUUCGAUUUUGAUCAGUAUAAUCACACCAACUUCUGCGGUCUCGAAGCAACUCUUCCUAACAGCUAUUGUAACGCUAUGUUGCAGUUACUUUAUUAUUGCGAACCUGUAAGAAUAGCCCUGCUCUCUCACUCGUGCCAAAGAGAAUUCUGCCUAUCCUGUGAGCUAGGAUUCUUGUUUCACAUGUUAGACACGUCCCGAGGACUGCCUUGUCAGGCAGCCAAUUUCCUACGAGCUUUCAGAACGGUUCCCGAAGCAGCAGCUUUGGGACUUAUACUCAGCGAUCUCCACCCGGAAGCCAAAAGGAAAACGAAUUUGAUGCGAUUGAUACAGAGUUGGAACAGGUUUAUAUUACAUCAGAUCCAUUACGAAGUUCUGGAAACAAAGAAACGGCAACUGGAGGAAGAGGAAGCUGCUCGGCUUAAAUCAGGACCAAAAUGUCCUCCAUUCGUUUAUAACGAACAGGAUUUCCCUAGCAUUUUGCAGGACAUUGGCUCCCGAUAUAGAAGCCACGCAGAAGAAAGGAAGAAAAGGAAAAAACAGGAGGAGGAUGGUAAAUAUAUGUGGAUCACAUCGAAAGACAAAAACAGCAAAAAAUCUAUCGAGGAGAACGAAGUACGAGAUGAAGAGACAGAGAUCAGUCGUCUGUUUGGAUCCGAACAAAUGCAUAUACACCGCUGUCUCAAAUGUGGGCAAGAAGCUACAAAACAUUCCAUCAUGUUGCUAUGUAACUUAGUUUAUCCGGAAUUAACGCAUCCUUCCGAAGAAGUUCCAUUUACGAAUGUUCUUAUCCGUAGUUUAAGACCCGAGAAAAUUACACCUGCAUGGUGUGACAAUUGUCAGAAGUUUACACCCACACUCCAGUCUCGACAACUGACUAAACUACCUCAAAUAUUAGCUCUGAAUUGUGGUUUAGAUACACAGCAGGAUAAAGCAUUCUGGCAAGCGCAAAUGGAUAUAGUCGUUCAAAAAGUAUUAAAUGGCAAAGAAAGUAGUCCAUCUUCGAGUCCUGUCCCCAUUACUGCGAAACCAUGUCGAUAUGGCAACAAUUGUACUCGUAUUGGCUGUAGGUUCAGACACAUUGGCAGAGAUCCAGAAAAUAUACAAACGCCACCAGUUACUCCACCCAUAACAACUUCCACACCGCAAUCGGUCACAACACCGCCUAGUCAUUUAUACUAUUCUCAUUCGUGGAUUCCACACGAUAUAGAGAUCUCUUUGGAUAGCAAUUGUGAAUUAUUCGUAGAAAAAAUCAGCACUCCAAAGAGCGACUCUAACGAAAGUAGUAAAACGGUCAAUGAGGUCAUAGUAGAAAAUGGUCAAGGGGAUAAUAGGAUACAAGAAUCUGAGAUCUCCGGAGAAGAAGAGAAAGUGGUUAAAAAUCAUGUUAACGCAGUACGAAAUGACGAUGUGGAGAAAGGAAACAAAUCUGAUGAAAAUUUGGAUAAGAUAAGCAAAAUUCGGUAUAGUCUUAGUGCUGUGGUUUGCUACAUCGAUGAUAAGAGUAAUGAAGAUAAGAGGAAUAUCGUUGCGCUAUUGCGAGUCGGGCCAAAUUAUCAUGAACGAUCGGCUGGCAGUGCGGUGUCGCAGUGGUACAUUUUUAACGAUUUUUGUAUAUCCGCAGUGACACCGCAAGAAGCGGUAUGGUUCAAUCUUGAUUGGAAGGUUCCAUGUGUCCUUCAUUAUACUGCUGUACCUGCACCUGAACCAGCACCAUUUGUCAGUCCGCUUACCUAUGAUGUAUUUGGUGAAGAUAAAUGUAUCGCUCGCAGUGGAGGGACAAGGGGUAUCACGUUUACCCCAUUGACGUCCGACGAAAUGCCUAAAACAGGUGAACUAGUUGGAAUUGACGCUGAAUUUGUAACGUUGAAUCAGGAAGAAUCUGAACUUCGUAGCGAUGGAAAAAUGUCCACUAUAAAACCAAGUCACAUGUCUGUUGCACGUAUAACUUGUAUACGUGGCCAAGGUCCUCUAGAAGGAACUCCCUUUAUAGACGAUUACAUAAGCACUCAAGAACAGGUAGUAGAUUACCUGACAAAAUUCAGUGGGAUUCAACCAGGUGAUUUGGACGCAAACUUUAGUAGCAAGCACUUAACAACUCUAAAAUCAACGUACCAAAAACUACGAUUUCUCGUUGAUAAUGGGAUCAUGUUCGUUGGUCAUGGCCUGAAGAAUGAUUUUAGAGUGAUAAAUUUAGUCGUUCCACCGGAGCAGGUCGUAGACACAGUAUUGCUGUUUCAUUUACCUCGUCAUCGUAUGGUAUCGCUGCGUUUUCUUACGUGGCACUUUUUGGGUAAGAAGAUUCAGUCGGAAACACACGACUCUACUGAAGAUGCCAGGGCUGCUCUCGAGUUGUAUCGUAAAUACAAAGAGUUAGAGAAUUCUGGAAAGCUGGCGGAAUCGUUAAAGGAGCUUUACAACGUUGGCAACCAACUACAAUGGAAAGUUCCGGAUAGCUGAUACGAGGAUGACCCUCAGGAAGAAGUGUAUGAUUUAGUUACAUGCAAAGACAAUGAAGUUUAGACGACAAUUUUGAAGUGUCAU